UAUAGUUCUAUAGCCAUAGCCACUCAUAUAUGUCAAUAUCUAUUGAGUAAGUGGUCUUGUUUGAUGCAUUGUUAUCAUCUUUUGCCAUAAUUCUUUUGUGGGUCAUUUUUACUAGACCUUUUUAUCUUCCCUCAUGUGUUUUGUCUCAGCUUUUUAGCAAAGUCUAGAUAAACAUUCCACAAAAGCAAAUAGUCUUGUAGCUUUGUUUCAGCUUUCAUCAUUCCCAUUGGUUGGUUUCAAAAUUCCAUAUGUGUCUCUUCAUCUUAUUCCUUAGAUAACCCAUAAAUACUUUUGGGAUCAGCAUUAUUCCAAGAUAUCAUUACAUUCAUGGGUAAUUCAUUGUUACCAUUCGCAAUAUGUGUCUCAUUUGUUCUUUUUACAACUUGUAAUUCUCUAUCUGAUAAAGAAAAAGAUAAGAUUGAGAAACUACCUGGGCAACCACCAAAUGUUGGUUUCUUACAAUACUCAGGUUAUGUUACUGUCAACCAACAAUCUGGGAGAGCUCUAUUUUAUUGGUUAACCGAGUCACCGGCUAACCGUGAUCCGAAAUCAAGACCACUCUUGUUAUGGCUCAAUGGUGGUCCUGGUUGUUCUUCUAUUGCUUAUGGAGCAGCUGAAGAAAUUGGUCCUUUGCAUAUAAAUCAUGAUGGGAAGACCCUUUUCACUAACCCUUACUCUUGGAACAAAUUGGCGAAUUUGCUCUUCCUUGAAUCACCGGCUGGAGUCGGUUAUUCGUAUUCAAACACUUCAUCGGAUUUGUAUACUGUUGGUGAUGCAAGAACUGCGGAAGAUUCGUAUAUAUUUCUUGUCAAUUGGUUUGAGAGGUUCCCUGAAUACAAGCACAGGGCUUUUUACAUCGCUGGAGAAAGUUAUGCAGGUCAUUAUGUUCCUCAGUUGUCUCAACUUAUUUACCAAAGAAACAAAGGAGUAAAGAAUCCGGUUAUUAACUUAAAGGGCUUCAUGGUGGGAAAUGGUGUUACUGAUGAUUACAAUGAUUAUGUUGGCACAUUUGAGUAUUGGUGGACCCAUGGUUUAAUUUCGGAUUCUACUUAUAAGUCACUUCAAAAAGAAUGUGAGGGAACUUCCUCUGAGCAUCCACCCAUUGGGUGCUCUAAAGCUCUAAGAACCGCUGAAAUGGAACAAGGAUAUAUUGAUCAUUAUAGUUUAUAUACAAAGCCUUGCAAUUACACCUCAUCACGAAAGCCUAGAGGCCGAUAUCCUUGGAUGCGCGGAGCAUAUGAUCCAUGCACAGAGAAGUAUGCAAAUAUGUACUUUAAUCUUCCUGAAGUUCAGAAGGCUUUUCAUGCCAACACUACUAAGCUUUCCUAUCCUUGGAAAACCUGCGGUGAUAUAGCUGGUGAGUAUUGGACAGACUCUCCACUUUCAGUGCUUCCUAUCUACAAGGAACUCAUAGCUGCUGGUUUACGCAUAUGGGUAUUUAGUGGUGACACAGACGCGGUGGUUCCCCUCACUGCAACAAGAUACUCAAUUGACGCGCUAAAUCUUUCAACAAUUGCCAAUUGGUAUCCAUGGUAUGAUAAUGGGAAGGUUGCCGGGUGGAGCCAAAUAUAUAAGGGGCUGACAUUCGUGACAGUAACGGGUGCAGGACAUGAAGUGCCAUUGCAUCGCCCGCGACAAGCUUUUAUACUUUUCAGGUCAUUUUUGGAGAACAAAGCAAUGCAAAGAAGCUAAAACUCCAUCUAGGCUCAAAUUAUUUUCUGCAUAAUUAAUAAUUCAAAGACAUCCCAUUCUUCCUUCCAUGAUUAUUAUUUGUUUCUAAGUUCCCUAAUUCAUCAUUGUUAUGUACUUAUGUUGUUGCCACAAGUGACAAGGGUGUUGAUGUGGCAAAUCGAAAAAAAUAAGUGAGAUUCUUUAUACAUUAA